ACAUGGACAAAUCAUACAUACGCGUGUACGUGUGUGUGUGCAUGUGGGUGUGUGUGUGUAUUUGUGUGUGUGUGUGUGUGUGUGUGUAGGAAGGCGAGAUCCUGAACAUGACAUGGGCGUGGCAGUUUCAGUCCACUAACACAACAACUUCAACAUCAUUUGACUUCUUUUCAACAUGACCACCAGAGGAGGCCUUAAACUGGAAUCGCACUGACAAAAAUAAAUAAAUAAAUAUAAUAAAUAACUCAUCAAAACGAGGAAGCAAGACGACAAAACGGAGGAGGACACGACCACAACAGCUUUAAAACAUGUCCCACUCACCUCACACAAGCAUCAAAGUGGACGAGGAGACAGCGCUCAACAUGGUGCCUGGAUCGGCGGACCCGCAGAAAGACCUCACGACGGCGGCAAAGAACUGCAGCGGUGCGGCGGCGUGCUGCGGCGACAAGCAUCACAGGAGGCUGGCCAUCUGCAGCAUCAUCUGCGGGAUCUCCUGCAUCGGAAUCAAAGCGCUCAUCAACUCAGUCAAGGCUGAGGAGGAGCCGGACCGAGAGGCGUCCGGCAGGUUUUCGCAGCGGGCCAAAAGGCUGGGCAUCAUCUCCAUCGCCACGUGGCUCGCCAUCCUGGCCCUGACACCGCUGCUCAUGGCGCUCUUCUCGUACGUGGUCACGCUGCGAGACUGAGGAGGCCGGUGGAGGAGACAAAAGUCGUCGGGACGCUGACAGGAAACACAGGACUCCUACAGGACACUCUUAUAAGCGGAUAUUUAUUUCCCACGACAGAGACACUUGUAAAUCAUUAUGUAUAAAACCAAGUAUACAACAGUUAUACAUGACAACUCCUCGACACAUGAAUAUUCAAUACCCAAGCCUGUAGGAAAGUUAAUAAAUUAGCCACCACGGUAACAAAAAAAAAGUGGCGUUCUUACUAUAUUCAAUGCUUGGUGUGCUUUAUAUAAAGACUUCGAUGUAAUAAACGCUUUUUAAAAAAAAAAAAAAAAAAAAAAAAAAAAAAAAUGACACUUUGAUACAAAAAAGAACACUGAGGGUGUGUUUAAGGCUGCCUCGUUCAACUGGGCAACAACAACACACACACACACACACACACACACACAAAACUGCGACACAUGACUAAGUUGCAAAGUAAUAAAUAAAAGCUGCCAUUAUUGUU